CCGCUGCUCGCUGCGGGCUGGCCUGGGCCCUGCUCGCCGCUCGGCCGCGUGCUGCCGAGGGCGAGGCGCGCCGGAGUGCCCUCGGCCGCGGGUGGGGUCGCGCAGAGCCGGGCCAGUCGCAGCGCUCGUGGGCGGUGCGCUCGACGGCCAGACUUCUUCGGCGGGGAGGGGGGUCGAAAUAUUGGAACAUCUGGGGAAUCUUUUUAUUUGUGUGUAUUUAUUUGCGUGUCCCAGGGCCCCUUCAAUUUCCUCGCGCCUCGGGCCGAGAGCUUACUCUUCGAUUUGACGUCUUUCGCCGCGCACGAUUCAUGCAGAAUUUCUCGCGCGCAUGCGCUGAAGCCUGAGGAUGCUCCACCCAGAGCGUGCGGCACAGUGGCGGAUGCUUUGAACAACAUAGGCCACGACGGUUCUGUUUUGCGUCUCGAUCUUUUUUACUGGUUGCCUUGGCUUCUGCCGGUUUCGCCAUCGUCGUUGCGAGGUGACUGGUAGAUCUUUGCUCCACUUUGCGGGGCUGCUGGUAACGAUUUCCAUGCUUGUGCGAGCAUUGCGUAACCGCGCAGGCUGUGACGCGCUCUGUCGAGGGCCACUGGCCACUUGUGCGGUCUUACUCUUUGCUGGCGGAGUGGUUCCUAGUGCCUGGGCUGUUUGAGCCAAGAGCUUCGGAACAACAGCACCAAGCUCCUCGCUCGCAGAACGUAUUUUUUUUGCAUAGAGGGCCGCAAGCAUACUUCGUUGGCGAAAUGCGUAACAUCGAUCUCAACACGGCCAGGCAGCAUGCGGCGUGCAUUUAUCACAUCCGCAUUUGUGAUUUUGCGCCAACUCAUUCCAUCCACGACUUCAUUCAGCACGCUUAGCAGUUAAUAGCAAUCUCACCACUCAUUCUAAGAUUGUUCGCUCUUCUCUGACGUCCGAGCCUUCUGAGAAGGCCCACAACCUCUCGCUUCCCCCCAGGGUCUUCACGUUUCCACUCCUCGCGUCUCGGGCCGAGAGCCUGCUCUUUGACUUGAGGUCUGUCGCCGCGCACGAUUCCUGCAGCAUUUCGCGCAUGGCGCGUGGCGGAUGCUUUGAACCAACUAUGCCACGACGGUUCUGUCGUGCGUCACUAUUGCCUUUAGUGGCUUCCUGGUUUCUGCCCGUUUCGCCAUCGUCGUUGCGAGGUGACUGGUCUGUCUCGUGAGAUUUGUGCCUCAUCUCGCGGGGCUGUUGGUGACGAUAUCCAUGCUUCUGCGAGCAUUUCGUAACGGCGCAGGCUGUAGCACGGUCUGUCGAAGGCCUACUCUGGGCACUAGCACGGUCUCACUCUUUUUUGUCGGAGUGGUUUCUAGCGCCUAAGCGCUUUGAGCCAAGAGUUUCGGAACAACAACACAGGGCCACAAGCACACCUCGUUGGCGACAUGCAUAAAAGUUCAUCUCGGCAUGGCCAGACAGCAUGCGGCAUGCUUUUGUCUCGUCCGCAUGUAUAAUUCGUCACCAG